AUGGCGGGAAACAGCCUUGUCCUACCCAUUGUUCUUUGGGGUCGCAAAGCACCAACACAUUGCAUCUCAGCAGUACUUUUAACAGACGAUGGGACCACAAUUGUAACUGGAUGCCAUGAUGGACAAAUAUGUCUCUGGGAUCUUUCAGUAGAAUUAGAAGUUAAUCCUCGAGCACUGUUGUUUGGUCACACAGCCUCAAUCACCUGUUUGUCUAAAGCUUGUGCUUCUAGUGACAAACAGUAUAUUGUGAGUGCAUCUGAAAGUGGGCAAAUGUGUCUCUGGGAUGUGAAUGAUGGCAGAUGUAUUGAGUUUACAAAAUUAGCCUGCACACAUACAGGUAUACAGUUCUACCAGUUUUCUGUUGGAAAUCAGAGAGAAGGAAGGCUUUUAUGCCAUGGCCACUAUCCUGAAAUCCUCGUUGUGGAUGCCACCAGCCUUGAGGUGUUAUACUCCUUAGUAUCAAAGAUCUCUCCAGACUGGAUUAGCUCCAUGAGUAUUAUCCGAUCCCACCGAACACAAGAGGACACUGUGGUUGCACUCUCAGUGACGGGCAUCUUGAAGGUGUGGAUUGUUACCUCUGAAAUAAGUGGCAUGCAGGAUACUGAGCCAAUAUUUGAGGAGGAAUCCAAACCGAUUUAUUGUCAGAAUUGCCAAAGCAUUUCUUUUUGUGCAUUCACACAAAGCUCACUUUUGGUUGUGUGCUCCAAGUAUUGGAGGGUUUUUGAUGCUGGAGACUAUUCCUUGCUGUGUUCAGGUCCUAGUGAAAAUGGACAGACGUGGACUGGAGGUGACUUUGUAUCAGCAGAUAAAGUAAUCAUUUGGACUGAAAAUGGGCAAAGUUAUAUUUACAAACUACCUGCCAGUUGCCUUCCAGCUAGUGAUUCAUUCCGCAGUGAUGUGGGGAAAGCAGUUGAAAAUUUAAUUCCUCCUGUACAACAUAGUCUCUUGGAUCGAACAGAUAAAGAGUUGCUAAUUUGUCCUCCUGUUACUCGGUUUUUCUAUGGAUUCAAGGAACACCUCCACAAACUAUUAAUUCAGGGUGAUUCUUCAGGAAGAUUGAAUAUUUGGAACAUAUCAGACACACCUGAUAAACAGGAAGGUAAAGAAGAUAAACAGAAAAUGACAACUUCUGUUAGUUUGCAAGAGGCAUUUGAUAAACUGAAUCCUUGUCCUGCUGGAAUUAUAGAUCAGCUGAGUGUGAUUCCCAGUAGUAAUGAACCUCUUAAAGUAACCGCAAGUGUGUACAUACCAGCACAUGGACGACUUGUCUGUGGCCGUGAGGAUGGAAGCAUCAUUAUUGUGCCUGCCACACAGACAGCCAUUGUACAGCUGCUGCAAGGGGAACACAUGCUCCGAAGAGGUUGGCCACCUCACAGAACCCUCCGCGGUCAUCGGAACAAAGUCACAUGUUUGCUAUAUCCUCAUCAGGUCUCAGCUCGUUAUGACCAAAGAUAUCUGAUAUCUGGAGGCGUGGAUUUUUCAGUCAUAAUUUGGGACAUAUUUUCUGGAGAAAUGAAACAUAUCUUCUGUGUGCAUGGUGGUGAGAUUACUCAGCUUCUAGUUCCACCUGAAAACUGUAGUGCAAGAGUGCAGCACUGCAUCUGCUCUGUAGCCAGUGACCACUCAGUGGGGCUUCUAAGUCUGCGAGAGAAGAAAUGCAUUAUGCUGGCAUCUCGUCAUCUCUUCCCUAUUCAGGUCAUCAAGUGGAGGCCUUCUGAUGAUUACCUAGUAGUGGGAUGUUCAGAUGGCUCUGUAUACGUCUGGCAAAUGGAUACUGGCGCGUUGGAUCGCUGUGUGAUGGGGAUCACAGCAGUGGAGAUACUAAAUGCCUGCGACGAAGCAGUUCCUGCUGCAGUUGACUCUCUCAGUCAUCCGGCAGUCAACCUAAAGCAGGCCAUGACACGGCGUAGUCUGGCUGCUCUUAAAAACAUGGCCCAUCAUAAGCUGCAGACUCUUGCAACUAACCUCUUGGCUUCUGAGGCCUCUGACAAAGGAAAUUUGCCUAAAUAUUCUCAUAACUCCCUGAUGGUUCAGGCAAUAAAGACAAACCUAACAGACCCGGACAUACAUGUGCUUUUCUUUGAUGUGGAAGCGUUGAUUAUUCAACUCCUGACUGAAGAAGCCUCUAGGCCGAAUACUGCGCUUAUUUCCCCAGAGAAUUUGCAAAAAGCAUCUGGCAGUUCAGACAAAGGGGGCUCUUUUCUAACUGGAAAACGAGCAGCAGUUCUCUUCCAACAAGUGAAAGAAACUAUCAAAGAGAACAUAAAGGAACAUCUCCUGGACGAUGAAGAGGAGGAUGAGGAGAUGAUGAGGCAGAGAAGAGAAGAGAGCGAUCCAGAGUAUCGGGCCAGCAAAUCUAAGCCGUUGACCUUAUUAGAAUAUAAUUUAACGAUGGACACUGCAAAAUUGUUCAUGUCAUGUCUUCAUGCCUGGGGUUUAAAUGAAGUUCUGGAUGAAGUUUGUCUUGAUCGCCUUGGAAUGCUGAAACCGCACUGCACAGUAUCUUUUGGUCUCCUAUCGAGAGGAGGUCAUAUGUCCCUGAUGCUUCCUGGUUAUAAUCAGCCUGCUCGGAAGCUGUCGCAUGGGAAAGCCGAAGUAGGAAGGAAGCUGCCAGCAACUGAGAGCGUUGGAAGGGGAACUUACGGAGUGUCCCGAGCCGUCACCACACAGCAUCUCCUGUCUAUCAUAUCUUUGGCAAAUACAUUAAUGAGUAUGACCAACGCAACUUUUAUUGGUGAUCAUAUGAAGAAGGCUCCUACCAGGCCACCUCGACCAAGCACCCCAGACCUUUCUAAGGCAAGGGGUUCCCCUCCAACUUCCAGUAAUGUUGUGCAAGGACAGAUUAAACAAGUUCCUGCUCCUGUCAUUUCCGCUCGGUCUGAUGCUGACCACUCUGGCUCUGACCCUGCUUCUACUCCUGCUUUACAUACCUGUUUCUUAGUAAAUGAAGGAUGGAGCCAGUUGGCUGCUAUGCAUUGCGUGAUGCUACCAGACCUGCUGGGACUGGAUAAAUUUAGGCCUCCGCUCCUAGAGAUGCUGGCUCGGAGAUGGCAAGACCGAUGCUUGGAGGUCCGAGAAGCUGCGCAGGCCCUGCUUCUAGCUGAACUGCGAAGAAUUGAGCAGGCGGGGCGGAAGGAAGCCAUCGAUGCCUGGGCCCCUUAUUUACCUCAGUACAUGGACCAUGUCAUAUCACCGGGAGUCUCAGCAGACGCCGUGCAGACCGUCAGCACUGCUCCUGAUGCCUUGGGGCCAGAAGCCAAAGUCCAGGAGGAAGAGCACGACCUUGCAGAUGAUGACAUCACAGCUGGUUGCAUAUCAAGUAUCCCACAAAUGAAAAAGAUUUCCACAUCUUAUGAGGAAAGACGGAAGCAAGCUACUGCUAUUGUUUUACUAGGAGUAAUAGGAGCUGAAUUUGGUGCUGAAAUUGAACCUCCUAAAUUGUUGACCAGACCUCGAAGCUCUAGUCAAAUUCCUGAGGGAUUUGGCUUGACUAGUGGUGGAUCCAACUACUCACUGGCCAGACAUACUUGUAAGGCACUGACAUUUCUUCUGCUGCAGCCUCCGAGCCCCAAACUUCCUCCACACAGUACGAUCCGAAGAACAGCCAUUGAUCUGAUUGGACGUGGUUUCACCGUCUGGGAGCCUUACAUGGACGUGUCUGCUGUCCUCAUGGGGCUUCUCGAACUCUGUGCUGAUGCCGAGAAACAACUCGCCAACAUCACAAUGGGGCUGCCUCUUAGCCCUGCAGCUGACUCCGCCCGCUCGGCAAGGCAUGCCCUCUCGCUCAUUGCCACUGCCAGACCACCCGCCUUCAUCACAACUAUAGCCAAAGAGGUACACAGACAUACAGCUCUUGCAGCAAAUACCCAGUCCCAACAGAACAUGCACACGACAACUCUUGCACGAGCUAAAGGGGAAAUUCUGAGAGUCAUUGAGAUUCUUAUUGAAAAAAUGCCCACAGAUGUUGUGGAUCUUCUUGUGGAGGUUAUGGACAUCAUUAUGUACUGCCUUGAAGGAUCUUUAGUUAAAAAGAAAGGUCUUCAAGAAUGUUUCCCAGCCAUCUGCAGGUUCUACAUGGUCAGCUAUUAUGAGCGGAAUCACAGAAUAGCAGUUGGAGCUCGCCAUGGUUCAGUGGCCCUGUACGACAUCCGGACUGGAAAAUGUCAGACAAUCCAUGGACACAAGGGACCAGUCACUGCAGUGGCCUUUGCCCCUGAUGGACGAUAUCUUGCCACCUACUCAAAUACAGACAGCCACAUUUCUUUCUGGCAGAUGAACACCUCGCUGCUGGGGAGCAUCGGCAUGCUGAACUCGGCACCUCAGCUGCGCUGCAUUAAGACCUACCAGGUGCCCCCCGUGCAGCCCGCCUCGCCCGGCUCCCACAACGCCCUGCGACUGGCCCGGCUCAUCUGGACUUCCAACCGCAACGUCAUCCUCAUGGCCCACGACGGGAAGGAGCACCGCUUCAUGGUCUAA